AGUCUGGUCCUGCUCUGGAGGUUGGGGAUUUUACUGUGAGGAACGUCCCUAGAGUUGCUAUAAAGACGCUUCCAAGAUUUCGGGGGAAAAGAGGACUGAGCGUUGGACUUCAAUAGAUUUGGGCAGGCCCUCCACCAUGAGUAAAGGGGACUCUUACGACAUGUUUGAGAUGAAUGGAGAAGUGGAUGUCAAGAUGAAGAAAAAGAAGAAGAUAAAGAAAAAGGAUAGGCUAGAGGGCAUGAAGAAGGAGAUGGACAUUGAUGACCACGAGAUCACAAUAGAAGAGCUAGAGAUGAGGUAUACCACCAGUGUUACCAAGGGCCUGACCUCCAGCAAAGCCGCAGAGGUUCUGGAGCGGGACGGCCCCAACGAACUGCUCCCCCCCAAAGGGACCCCAGAGUACGUCAAGUUUGCCCGCCAGCUGGCCGGAGGGCUGCAGUGUCUGAUGUGGGUGGCAGCCGUCAUCUGCUUCAUUGCUUUCGGCAUCGAGUUCUCCAGGGGAACCCUUGGCUGCUUUGACGAUCUGUACCUCGCCAUCACUCUGAUCACUGUUGUUGUGGUGACUGGCUGUUUCGGUUACUACCAAGAGUUUAAGAGCACCAACAUCAUCGCCAGCUCAAAAAUCUAGUGCCACAGCAAGCCCGGUGAUCCGUGACGGGCAGAAGAACCAGAUCAAUGCCAUGGACCUGGUGGUGGGAACCUGGUGGAGAUUAAGGUGGUGACCGCGUGCCUGCUGACAUCCGAAUCAUCUUUGCCCAGGGCUGUAAGGUGGAUAACUCAUCCCUGACAGGAGAGUCAGAGCCCCAGAG